AUGGACUCGACCGACGACGAUCAGCCAGCUCAGCGGACAGCACCAGUGAUUGUGAUCACGGGCACGCCUGGAACGGGAAAGUCUACAACGGCAGCUUUACUCGUCGAAUCAUCUCCAAUUCCAUUGAAACACAUCAACGUGGGUGACCUCGUGCGGUUACACGGUCUCCACGAAGGAUUUGACGACGAGUGGCAGUCGUACAUUGUCGACGAUGACAAGGUCCUUGAUGAACUCGAACCACUCGUUGCUGAUGGUGGCGUCGUGCUCGACUGGCACACUUGCGGAAUCUUUCCAGAACGAUGGGUCGACCUUGUCAUUGUGCUUCGAUGCGAUCAUACUCUGCUGUGGGAACGUCUCGAGAAGCGAAACUAUCCGCUCAAAAAGAUUCAGGAAAACAACGAGGCAGAGAUUCUCCAGACGGUCCUCGACGAGGCCAGGGAAUCCUAUGCAGACGAGAUUGUCAUCGAGCUCAAUAGCGACACGGUGCAAGAGAUGGAGAGCAACGUCGCAAGAAUAGUCCAGUGGAUAGAAAACUGGAAAAAGACAACGCUUGCCCAUAAUCGUGAAACCGCAUCUACUAGCUGUCGACAGGCUCCAUCUAAUCCUGCAGCCCUUUCCGAGUCGGAGUCAUGGCCCAAAAGCGGAACAGUGUUUGCGCCAAACACAGCACGCGCGUUCCCUCUGACCAUCAUGGCCUCGUCCCAGCCCCCACAGCAGCCACCGACAGGCGACAACGAGAAGAAUGUUCCUUCCACCUCUACUUCUUCCACGGCGCAGCCAACAGAUGCGGAAAAGAUGGACGUGACGCCAGAUCCACCAGCAGAAACUUGGAGCGACCUCCCCGAAGAACUGUUGACCGCCUCGGCAGAAGAGAUUGUCUCGAGAAGAAGAUUGAUAGAGAAUGAUAUUAGGGUCAUGCGCUCCGAGACGAUGAGAUUGCAGCACGAACAAGAUGUCAUGCGAGAAAAGAUUCGGGAGAAUGGUGACAAGAUUAAACAGAACAAGGUCCUCCCGUAUCUGGUCAGCAACGUCGUCGAGAUUCUUGAUAUGGAUCCAGAAGCAGAAGAUGGCGCUACAAAGGAUAGUGAUUCGUCCCGCAAGGGGAAAUGCGCCGUCAUCAAGACGUCUACUCGCCAGACCAUCUUCCUUCCAAUCAUUGGACUUGUUCCUCAUGAACAGCUCAAACCGGGCGACCUCAUCGGUGUGAACAAGGAUUCAUAUCUCAUUCUCGACACCCUUCCAGCAGAAUACGACUCUCGUGUCAAGGCAAUGGAGGUGGAUGAACGCCCCACCGAGACCUAUACGGAUAUUGGUGGGCUAGAAAAGCAAAUCGAAGAGCUCAUGGAGGCCAUUGUCUGGCCAAUGACCCAAGGAGAUCGCUUCAAGACGCUGGGCAUCCGACCUCCAAAGGGUGUCCUCAUGUACGGUCCUCCAGGAACCGGCAAGACGCUCCUUGCACGAGCUUGUGCUGCUCAGACCAGCGCGUGCUACCUCAAACUCGCUGGUCCCUCUCUCGUCCAAAUGUUUAUCGGCGACGGUGCCAAACUCGUGCGAGACGCAUUCAAUCUUGCAAAGGAAAAGGCACCCGCCAUCAUCUUUAUCGAUGAGUUGGACGCCGUGGGUACAAAGCGCUUUGAUUCUGACAAGAGUGGAGACCGAGAGGUUCAACGGACAAUGCUCGAGUUGCUCAAUCAGCUCGACGGAUUCAGCAGCGACGAGCGAAUCAAGGUCAUUGCAGCAACCAAUCGUAUCGACAUUUUGGACCCGGCUCUGCUUCGCUCAGGGCGUCUGGAUCGAAAGAUUGAAUUCCCAUUACCGACCGAGGAGGGACGUGCGCAGAUUUUGCGUAUCCAUAGCCGCAAGAUGCGCGUCGCGGCUGGUGUCAACUUUGAGGAGCUUGCACGGAGCACAGACGAGUUUAACGGUGCCCAGCUCAAGGCGGUCUGUGUGGAAGCCGGCAUGAUUGCGUUGCGUGAAGGUGCAUCAGAGCUCAACCAUGAGCAUUUCCAUAGUGGUAUCGCCGAGGUACAAAGCAAGAAGAAGAAUGACCUCAUGUAUUUUGCCUAG